AUGUCGGGGUUGAGAUUGCUUGUAUCUGGAAAGGAAGUUACUUCUGGGAGAUGGUUGGUUACCAUGCAUAGUGAUGGGGGGUUAUCAGCACAAAAGAUGGGGAUCCAUAAAAUGAGGAAUGAGGGGUUGCAUUUGAUAAGGUGUUAUCUAGAGGUGUUCAAGACCGAAUAUCGGAUACCAGGAGAUCUUGGGUCUAAACUUGUGGGUACUCUAUUUGGGUAUAGACGUGGGCAUGUUCAUAUUACAUUUCAACAAAACCCUAAAACUACACCUGCUUUUUUGAUUGAGCUUUCUACUCCUACUAGUGUUCUUGUUAGAGAAAUGGCUUCUGGGUUAGUAAGGGUUGCAUUGGAAUGUGAUAAAAAGUGGGAUAAAAAGGGGAUGAAAUUGUUGGAAGAGCCUCUUUGGAGGGCUUAUUGUAAUGGGAAAAAGUGUGGGUAUGCUUUGUGCCGGGAUUGUGGGCCCCAUGAGUGGCGGGUGUUACAAUCUUUGGGGCCCAUUACGAUGGGGGCGUGUGUUUUGCCCGGCGGAGCCGACGUAGAGGAGGAUGGUAAUGGUGUUCAGUUUGAGGGGGAGUUGAUGUAUAUGAGAGCUAAAUUUGAGAGGAUUGUCGGAUCUAAAGAUUCGGAAGCGUUUUAACAGCGACUUAAAUUAAAAAAAAAAAAAGAAAAAUUUUUUUUUUAGUCGCUGUUAGAAACAGCGACUUUGGGCUUUUAAUUUUUUUAUUUUUUUCACUUUCGCUGUUACUAACAGUGACUCUACCCAAAGCUAGGAUUGGAUGUACGGAAGCUUAUUUUGGGAC